CAAAAGUUCAACCAUGCCUCAAGUCGUGUCCAAGCCUAUAGGAGGUAGUUAUCCAGUGAGAGGUGUUAUUCAUCUUGUACAUCAUUCUCGUCGACUUGGUAAACCCAUCGCUAUUUCUACAUUCAAAGCAUGUGCUGUCAGUUUGUUGGCCUUAAUCCCUUUAUAUCGUGUUGGUUAUCAUUGGCAAGUUCGUUUAAUUGGUCAUUUUUAUCGACAAUUAGCUCGUGACCAAUCUGGUGCUUCCUUAGCUUCUUCUAUUUUACAAGUUUUAGGUCCAGGGACAAUGGCUGUUGUGACAAGUGGCAUCUUAUGUUUGGCUGAAUCCUUUAUGGUGACUUCACAAGUGACUCAAUAUUUUAUUGGUUCCAUACGAGAUCGUUUAUUUGAUGCUGUCCUUGAAGAACAUGGUAUGAUUCUUCCUGUCGAAAACAACAACAACAAUAAUAAUGAAAAAGAAAAUCAUCAUCAUCAUCAUCAUCAUGAACAUCAACAGCCUAUAUUGGAUACAGUGGAAGAUUGGGUAGUGGAAAAAUUGGAUAUUAAGGCAUUACCAUCGACAUCGGAUGAAAUGAAAAGUGCAGCCAAAUGGUGGUUAUCAGGUACUCAUAUCAUGGGAUUAUGUGCAAAGGAAGAAGCAUCUGAAUGGCCUUUAACUUGGCUUCCACCUGUCAUCUAUAUUAUCUCUUUACCUUUGACAUUCAUUCCUAUGAUUGGUCCAGUCGGUUUUCUGGCUAUGCAAGGUAUUUGUCAAGGCGGUGCGGCACAUCGACGUUAUUUUGAUAUGUAUCAAUGGUCCAACACUCGACGACAACAACAUAUCAACAGGUUAUACUGGCAAUACCAUCAAUUUGGAAUGGUGGCUUCUGCUUUGGAAAUGGUACCCUUCUUUGGCUUUUUCUUUGCUUACACAAAUCAAGUUGGGGCUGCUAUGUUAGUGGUUGAUUGGAAAAAAGAAAAAAUGCUAUAGAUUCCGUUCUUUGUAUACCUUUUGUAUAUUAUCCUUCUAUUUGUUACCUGUUAUGUUAUCUGAAUUAGUAUUAUCAUUAUUAUCAUCAUCGUCAUCAUCACAUACAUUCAAACAAAUAAAAUUCAAAUUGUAUAUUUAUUCUACUUAUUGAAAAUAAAAUAUUCCAA